CUCAGCCACGUGUUCUGCUCUUCUUCUUUUCCCCUGCAGCCGAACAAGGAGCCCAAGCCAUUGACACACCCACCCUCUUGAGAAACGGUAAAAGCUUGAUUUUUUUUCCUUCUUUCUUGUUCAAGAACAAGAUUUAGAACUUAGAAAUCUUUCCCCCUGCAGAAAAUUUCAGAUCUGCUCUGUUCCCUCCCCUCCGUCCGCUGCUCUUGGUUUGUGGGUGUGAAUUCUUCAGGUUUCUAGUAAGGAAACAGCCACUAAUUCCUCUUUUCUCCCUUGAUUUGGCUUGGGUUUACUCUAAUUUCUUUUGGUUUCUCCCAAUUUUCGGUAGAUCCCCUAAGGUCUCCUUCACUUCCCGUCGGUUUCCCCAACCCGCCAGCUCCGAUUUUUCUUGCUGAAUUUCUGGUAUGUGACAGCUCCCUCUAAGUCCCAAAAUUACCCAUUAGUUGCUAAAUUUAUCCAUUAACUGCCGCUCUUGUGCUGUCUGAAUUUUUGCUGAAAUAGGGGAUGGAUUCCGAAUUUUCUGCUCUUUGCCAAAUUUCUGAAAGUUGCAGUUAUUGUUCACGCGUAGUUACUGUUCAUACACUGAAUUUCAAUUAUUUGGAGUAUAAAAUCUCGUGGAAUGCGUAAGUUAUCCAUGUUGAUAUAAAUGGCGUCAUGAUUAGGGGAUAGUCGUGGUGGUGAUUUCUUUUAGAUUCGUGGUAAUAUGGUUAUUAAUCCUGGAAUAUUUUGGUUAGGUUCUUUAUUAUUCUGUCACCCUAGGACUUGGAGUGAAUUUUCUAUGUUAUGCAACUGAGGAAGUGAAACCUGAGGCCUGGUUAACUAGGAGGAGUGACGAGCUAGAAGGCUAGUCAGUAUUUUGGACUUAGAUCCUUUUUGGACUUAAGCCGUUAGCCACACAUGCUUGACAUAGAUGUAAAAUGAUUAAUCAUUUUUUUGUAUACUGAGUUUCCCUUGGUUAUAGCCAUGACUGUCUUAUAAACUUCUGUACAUCUUGACUAUUAAAUUUUGGUAAUGGAAAGCUAGAUAUUAACUGACUUUUUUAUUUAAGUUAUAUAUAUUGGUAAUUAUGAACACAGUGGGUUUCGAGUCUUGUGCAUUUGUGGGACUCAUUUAUGAGUGCACGGCGUCUGUUUCGCUCCUGGUUUUUGGGCAUGACAGUGAUUGUGCAAAUGAUGUCGUUGGGGCCUUAGCAAAUAGCCAGGCCAUUAACGCAGAGUUGGCUGCAGUCUUAAUGGAUUGUAAGGCUUUACUUGUUUGAAAAAUACAAGUUGCAACAUGUGCAGUGAAAGGGGAAAAUGGUUGCACAUGAACUAACACAGAGAGCAGCCUUGGUGGAUGAAGAUGAAUACUGGUUUCGAGAGGUGCUUGAAUAUCUUCUGUCUUUAAUAAAUAAUGAUGUGCGCA